CGCGCUGCGACCUCUGUCACGACGUCGAUGUCCUUGCAUCCCCCAUGAGCGCCAGUGAGACUGCUGCGCUUGAGCAGCUCUUGGGGGACCUCUGGUCCGUCCGGGUCGCAUCGAUCGCGACGCUGGCUUGGUUGGUAUACGAUACCAUUCUCAUGAUGAAGGAUGAGAUACGAUUUAUCUGGUUCAGUAAACGGUCGACGACAAAAUGGCUUUACCUCUCGCUCAGAUAUCUAACACUUGGAUCCCUUGCUACUAAUGUAUACGUUAAUGUAACUGCUGGCCUGUCUACCUCGGUCUGCAAAUCCUGGUUGUGGUAUAUCACAAUAGGUGGAUCAACACUUACAACCGCGAUGGGCUCUGUAGUCCUCGUGUUGAGAUUGUAUGCGUUGUAUAGCCGGAGCCGAUCAGUGCUUCUCUUCAGCUCGGCGCUGUUGGCGGUAAACAUUGCAGCUAUAUUGGCUGUCGCCUGCGUGACCAUUCCUUCAACGCGUGCAGUCACCAGCGAGUCUGAGCUAGGUCUCUCAAUGCCCGGAUGCUUCUUUGUCAACGAGGGCUUCAUCACGUUGCAAAUUGCCCCCUCGAUAACGGACUCGGUGGUCCACGCGAUCUACUUCUUCAUGACCCUCCGCCACUUCCUGACGAAUUUCCGCCAGCACAUCCAUCACUGGCACAUGGCACCGACGUUACACCUCCUGAUGCGCGACAGCGCGGCGUACUUCCUCGCGCUCUUCGCGAACGCUCUAUUCUACCUCGUCUUUCACCUGCAGUACGCCCAUCGGGAGCUCCAGCUACUGGGACAGCCGCUCGUCAUGGCUAAUAUCGCGAUCGCGGCUACGCGGCUCGUGCUGAACCUGCGGUGCGAGGCUGGAAAGUCGGGCGCGCUUGCUACAGAAGAAGAGGAUGACGUUGAGCUUUCGAAGAUCGAGUUCGAAAUGCCCCAUUCGCAAGAUUCACGGCCUGGCGCCCUAAGAUGGCUGGAUUCUCAUGACCUCUCGUCGUGUCAUGAGCCCAGUUCAAGUGCUCGGCAAACACAGAGCCAACCAGGCUCGACAUCACCUGAACGAUGAAGGCUUCCCAGCGCUGUAUUAGAUGCAAUUGUAGUUCUAGAGGAGAUUGUACUCUACAAAAUGACCCAGUCGCGAUGAAAACACCCGCCAACGUCCGGCAUUUGCCGGAACAGCCGGCCCUGCUCAGACAAGACGGUGUAAUUAUUGCUAACUCGAUUGGAACGAAAC